GUGCGCGCCUGGGAGGAAGACCGAGCUGGGGAGCGGGCAGGCUGUAGUCCUGGGGGACCGAGGCCGGCGUAGCCGGGCCGUGCUUAGUACUUCGCUUUGGGGAUUCUCUUAGCCAUUCCCAGUCGGUGACUGGGAACACUUACGCUAGACAGUCUCCAGGGGUUGGCGGUGUUUCCCCCCCCCCCAGUAGCUCCGCCCUCUUCCGGUUCGGCCUCUGGCGUGUCGGCGUAAGGGAAGAUGGCGGGGCUGGGGACGAGCGAGGUGCACAUGCGCGUGAGCCACAGUGCCUGUGUGCGUGUCCGCGCAUGCGCGCGCUCCUGCAUCUAGGAAGCCGGUGUGCUGGGCGAUGAGUGGGGCGCUCGCGGUGCUCCGCCCGUGGUACCCGACCCGGACUGUGCCCCGACGACCCUCGCGCCCUCAGCAUCCUCCGUUACCUGCAGGACCAGGCACGAAAGUUAGAACAAAAUGAAGAUUUUUUCUGAAUCUCAUAAAACCGUGUUCGUCGUGGACCACUGCCCGUACAUGGCAGAGUCAUGCAGACAGCAUGUGGAGUUUGACAUGCUGGUGAAGAACAGGACCCAAGGCAUCAUCCCGCUGGCUCCCAUCUCUAAGUCCUUGUGGACUUGCUCAGUGGAGUCGUCCAUGGAGUACUGCAGAAUAAUGUAUGACAUAUUUCCUCUCAAGAAGCUGGUGAAUUUCAUUGUGAGUGACUCUGGAGCACACAUUUUAAAUUCAUGGACUCAAGAAGACCAGAACUUACAGGAGCUAAUGGCAGCCCUGGCCACUGUGGGGCCUCCUAACCCUCGGGCCGAUCCGGAGUGCUGCAGUAUUCUGCACGGUCUUGUUGCAGCAGUGGAAACCCUUUGCAAAAUCACCGAGUACCAACACGAGGCUCGAACUGUACUCAUGGAGAAUGCAGAGCGUGUUGGAAAUAGAGGACGGAUAAUCUGUAUUACAAAUGCAAAAAGUGAUAGUCACGUACGAAUGCUUGAAGACUGCGUCCAGGAAACAAUUCAUGAACAUAACAAGCUUGCUGCAAAUUCAGAUCAUCUUAUGCAGAUUCAAAAAUGUGAGCUGGUCUUGAUUCACACCUACCCAGUUGGUGAAGACAGUCUUGUGUCUGAUCGUCCUAAGAAGGAAUUGUCCCCGGUUUUAACCAGUGAAGUCCAUAGCGUUCGAGCAGGGCGGCAUCUUGCUACCAAAUUGAAUAUUUUAGUGCAGCAGCAUUUUGACUUGGCUUCGACGACUAUUACCAAUAUUCCAAUGAAGGAAGAGCAGCACGCCAACACAUCCGCCAACUACGAUGUGGAGCUGCUUCACCACAGAGAUGCGCACGUGGACUUCCUGAAGAGCGGUGACGCACACUUGGGUGGCAGCAGAGACGGCCCCUUUAAAGAGACAGUGACUCUGAAGUGGUGCACACCCAGGACCAACAGCGUAGUGUUCCCUUCUAUUUCAGAAUUACACUAUUGUACUGGAGCGUAUCGAAUUUCGCCUGUAGAUGUAAAUAGUAGACCUUCCUCCUGCCUUACUAAUUUUCUUCUCAAUGGUCGUUCUGUUUUGUUGGAACAGCCACGAAAGUCAGGUUCCAAAGUCAUUAGUCACAUGCUCAGUAGCCAUGGAGGAGAGAUAUUUUUGCAUGUCCUCAGCAGUUCUCGGUCCAUUCUAGAAGAUCCACCUUCCAUUAGUGAAGGCUGUGGUGGAAGAGUCACAGACUACCGGAUUACAGAUUUUGGUGAAUUUAUGAGGGAAAACAGAUUAACUCCUUUUCUAGACCCCAGAUAUAAAAUGGACGGAAGUCUUGAGAUCCCUUUGGAACGAGCAAAAGAGCAGUUAGAAAAGCACACCCGCUACUGGCCUAUGAUUAUCUCACAAACCACCAUUUUCAACAUGCAGGCGGUAGUUCCAUUAGCCAGUGUUAUUGUGAAAGAGUGUUUGACAGAAGACGACGUGCUGAAUUGUCAAAAAACCAUAUACAACUUAGUGGAUAUGGAAAGAAAAAAUGACCCUCUACCCAUUUCCACAGUUGGUACCAGAGGAAAGGGUCCUAAAAGAGAUGAACAAUACCGUAUCAUGUGGAAUGAAUUAGAAACCCUUGUCAGAGCCCAUAUCAACAACUCGGAGAAACAUCACAGAGUUUUGGAAUGUCUGAUGGCAUGCAGGAGCAAACCCCCAGAGGAAGAGGAACGAAAGAAGAGAGGCAGGAAGAGGGAGGACAAGGAGGACAAGUCAGAAAAGGCAGCAAAAGAGUACGAGCAGGAAAAGCCCUGGCAGGAUUCCGAGAGAUUAAAAGGAAUUUUAGAACGUGGAAAAGAAGAGCUGGCCGAAGCUGAGAUUAUAAAGGAUUCACCUGAUUCCCCAGAACCUCCGAACAAAAAGCCCCUUGUCGACAUGGACGAGACUCCGCACAUGGAAAAGUCCAAAGGACCAAUAUCAUUGUUGUCCUUGUGGAGUAAUAGAGUCAACACUGCCAAUUCCAGAAAGCACCAGGAGUUUGCGGGACGAUUGAGCUCUGUCAAUAACAGAGCUGAGUUAUACCAGCACCUUAAGGAGGAAAAUGGGAUGGAGACCACGGAAAAUGGAAAAGCCAGCCGUCAGUGAAGAGACUCGAGGAACUAAGUUUAGUAAUGCAAACAUAUUUUGGGCAGAAUUUGAUAUAAGUACUUUUACAGCAAGAUUGUAUAGCUAUGUUGCCUGGACUGGUUUUUACAUUUUUAAAACAUUUGAACAAAUUAUCUUUUUUGUACUAAUUCUAAGAUUGGCAGAGUCAAAAAAUAUACAUUUGAGAUUUGUCCUCCCAAAUCG